AUGCCAGCGGUGCUCUCUGUGCUGGUGCCAGUGCUAACGCCGGUACAGGCAAUGCUAAUACCAUUCUUUCCUCCUCUAGACACCCCUUUCCUGCUCUUGCUCUCCCGAUCCUUCCUCCCCGUCGCCUCCACCCCUUCCUGCUCCCUCCGCUCUUCCACCCCCUCUCUCACCUUCGUCCCCCCACCCCCCUCCGUUCCCAGGCCAAGAGGGGUUUCCCCUGCGCGUCCCUUCCUACGAGGCGUGCCUUGUGCGGUCCCUUCCCUUCCAGGCGAGCGAGUCCGAAACUCUCUCCUGCACCUCCAACUCUCUCGCCUUCCCCCCUAUGCUUCCCGCGCGUCCCUCUCUCCCCUUAUCCUUCCCCCUCCCCUCCCCUCCUUUCCGCCUUCCCCCUCCCCCGACCUCUUCCUUCACCCCACACUCUGA